AUGAAAUUUGUUUCUCCCGUGGAUACACGGGACGAGCCAACGUAUCACGUCUCGACAUUACGCGAUAUCUCGAAUAGCGUACCAACUGAAACACGACGCGGCUUGGUGCAUCACGUUCAGUUGCUUAAAAACAUCAUAAACGAGAGAUUCAACUGGGUUCCAGCUGUAGCACCCUUUCGGUGCCUAGCUGCCAUGCCACACGAAGGAGGCACGAGGGCUAGGAUACUGCCAGGUUCCCCAAGCCUAGACAGGGGAAGUCGGGAAGCAGAAGUCGAGUUCGAACCACGGACCUUCCGAAACAAGUUACCCGAAUCGAAGAAAAUCAAACUGAUAAGAAGAUGCGAAAUUGAACACAACAGUCUCAACUUACCAGCUUGCUCCAAAGCCUGUGGAAGAGAGAAAGUUGGAGAGUUUAUUACAGUAUGGUGA